GAUCUCUCCAUCUAUUCCUUUUUCAAUUUGGUUUUACAAAAAACACAUCCCAACAAAAACAGAACAGAGCUUCAGAAAAAAAAAAAAUAAAGAGUACUAAAGACUUUAAGGGUCUCUCUUUUUAAACUUUCUUUAAGAAAAUGCCCGCCGGUGGUUUCGUUGUCGGAGAUGGCCACACGGCUUAUCCCGGUAAACUCACUCCCUAUGUUCUCUUCACUUGCGUCGUCGCUGCCAUGGGUGGUCUCAUCUUUGGUUACGAUAUCGGAAUCUCUGGUGGUGUGACGUCUAUGCCAUCUUUUCUCCGACGAUUUUUCCCGUCGGUGUACCGGAAACAGCAAGAGGAAGCGACAACAAAUCAGUACUGUCAAUAUGAUAGUGUGACGCUCACGCUCUUCACUUCGUCGCUUUACCUAGCGGCGUUGAUCUCGUCUCUGGUUGCUUCCACCGUGACAAGAAGGUUCGGACGGCGGCUCUCGAUGCUAUUCGGGGGCAUACUCUUCUGCGCCGGAGCUCUUAUCAAUGGUUUCGCUAAACACGUUUGGAUGCUCAUCGUCGGUCGUAUCUUGCUCGGUUUUGGUAUCGGUUUCGCUAAUCAGUCCGUGCCACUCUACCUAUCCGAGAUGGCUCCAUACAAGUACAGAGGAUCUCUAAAUAUCGGCUUCCAGCUCUCAAUCACCAUCGGAAUCCUCGUCGCCGAAGUUCUCAACUACUUCUUCGCCAAAAUCAAAGGCGGUUGGGGAUGGCGGCUCAGCCUCGGAGGCGCCGUGGUACCCGCACUGAUCAUCACCCUCGGCUCCCUCGUACUCCCCGACACUCCCAACUCCAUGAUCGACCGAGGCCUACACGACGAGGCCAAAACCAAGCUCAGGCGCAUCCGCGGCGUCGAAGACGUCAGCCAAGAGUUUGACGAUUUAGUCGCCGCUAGUAAAGAGUCGCAGUCGAUUGAGGACCCCUGGAGAAACCUCCUCCGCCGUAAAUACCGACCACAUCUCACAAUGGCCAUUAUGAUUCCGUUCUUUCAGCAGCUUACCGGAAUCAAUGUGAUCAUGUUUUACGCUCCGGUUCUUUUCAACACCAUUGGUUUCACGACCGAUGCUUCUCUCAUGUCCGCCGUGGUCACUGGCUCCGUCAACGUCGCCGCCACGCUUGUUUCUAUCUACGGUGUUGACAAGUGGGGACGUCGGUUUCUCUUUAUUGAAGGUGGUACACAAAUGCUUAUAUGUCAGGCUGUGGUUGCAGCAUGCAUAGGGGCCAAGUUCGGGGUAGACGGGACCCCAGGUGAGCUGCCAAAGUGGUAUGCUAUAGUGGUUGUAACGUUUAUUUGCAUCUACGUGGCUGGUUUUGCUUGGUCUUGGGGACCUCUAGGGUGGUUAGUGCCGAGUGAAAUCUUCCCCUUGGAGAUAAGGUCAGCGGCGCAGAGUAUCACGGUGUCGGUGAACAUGAUCUUCACCUUCAUUAUCGCGCAAGUAUUCUUGAUGAUGCUUUGCCAUCUGAAGUUUGGGUUGUUCCUCUUUUUCGCCUUCUUUGUGGUGGUGAUGUCGAUAUUUAUAUACAUAUUCUUGCCGGAGACUAAAGGGAUUCCGAUAGAGGAGAUGGGUCAAGUGUGGAGGUCACAUUGGUAUUGGUCAAGGUUUGUGGAGGAUGGCGAGUACGGGAAUGCGGUUGAGAUGGGCAAGAGCAGUAACCAAGGAACUAAGAAUGUUUGAUUUAUCAUUGUGUUUUUUCUUUUCUUUUUAAUGAGAGUUUUAAGACAGAAAAAAAAAAGAUUUGUAAUUUCUAAUUUGGUAAAGGAAAAAGUGUACUAGACUAGAUAUAUUGGUGUUUAUAUAAUUCAAUGUCACAUGGUGAAAUUAUGCAUA